AUGAACCCAUACGUACUUGCAAUCCUACUAUCCAGUCUAGGACUAGGAACCACCCUGACCUUUGCCAGCUCCCACUGACUACUAGCCUGAAUAGGGUUAGAAAUCAAUACCCUAGCAAUCACCCCACUAAUAGCACAACACCACCACCCACGUGCAGUAGAAGCAACCACAAAAUACUUUCUAACCCAAGCUACAGCAGCAGCAAUAAUCCUAUUCGCAAGCACAACAAACGCCUGAAUAACAGGGGAAUGAAGCAUCAACGACCUAACCAACCCCAUCGCUAGCACAAUAUUCAUAACUGCUUUAGCCCUAAAAAUCGGACUAGCACCAAUACACUUCUGACUACCAGAAGUCCUACAAGGACUAGACCUCACAACAGGUUUAAUUCUCUCUACCUGACAAAAACUUGCCCCAUUCGCAUUAAUCAUUCAAACAGCCCAAACCAUCGACCCAACAUUACUAACCCUACUGGGAGCCACUUCCACACUAGUAGGCGGAUGAGGAGGACUAAACCAAACCCAACUACGAAAAAUCUUAGCCUACUCCUCAAUCGCACAUAUAGGGUGAAUAAUCAUUGUCAUCCAAUACGCCCCACAACUUACAUUAAUUGCACUAGGAACAUAUAUCAUUAUAACAUCCGCGGCAUUCCUCACCCUCAAAACAUCAUUCACCACUAAAAUCAACACACUCGCAACAACCUGAUCAAAAAACCCAAUUCUAACAUCAGCCACCGCCCUAGCACUACUAUCACUAGGAGGCCUCCCCCCACUCACAGGAUUCAUGCCAAAAUGACUAAUCCUACAAGAACUAACAAAACAAGACCUCCCAAUCAUCGCAACAGUCAUAGCCCUCGCCGCCCUAAUCAGCCUAUACUUCUACCUACGCCUAUGUUAUGCAAUAACACUAACCAUCUCCCCCAACACAACCAACUCAACCACCCCAUGACGAAUCCAAACCACCCAAACUCUCCUACCAUUGGCCCUAUUUACCACAACUGCCCUAGGACUACUACCAAUAACCCCAACUAUUAUAAUACUAACCACCUA